CCGCUGCCCCCUGCGGCCGUUCCGCUUCCGUGCGGGGCCGGGGCCGGGCCCGGGGCCGGGAUGGAGCGGGAUCUGCUCCGGCAGGCGCUGAGCUACCACGGCCCCGCGCUGCUGUCGCUGCUCCGCGCCGAGCAGCACGACAACCCCGACUUCCGCGGCCUGCUGCCGCCGCCGGGGGCCGCCCCCGAGUCGCCCCGCGGGGGGGCGCCCCGCUCGCCGGCCGCAUGGAGCGAGGUGACGGGCCUCGAGGCCGACAUCCAGCGCUUCAUCGCCCAGAAGGCCGACCUGCUCUUCGCGCAGUCCUGGCAGCCCAACGGCCCCAUCGCCGAAAACAUAGAGGAAGAUGAAGAGUGUUACGCUGUCAUGCCUCCCCUGGAGCAGUUCAUGGAGGUUCCCGGGGAGCUCCGGAGAGAAUUAUUUUUUCGAGACAUCGAACGUGGCGACGUUGUGAUUGGGAGGAUUACCUCCAUUCGUGAAUUUGGCUUUUUCAUGGUGUUGAUGUGUCUGGGAAGUGGUUUCAUACGGCAGAUCGCAGACUUAGAAAUCACUGCUCUUUGUCCAUUGCGAGAUGUGCCUCCUCAAAGCAACCAUGGAGAUCCUUUAUCUUAUUAUCAAGCUGGAGACAUUAUUCGAGCUGCAGUCAAGGAUGUUGAUCGAUACCACGAGAAGAUCACGGUAUCACUCUACAGCUCAGCUCUUCCACCAAAUCUCUCUAGUACAACACUAGGAGUAAUCACCUCUGAUGACUUGCCUCUACAUUAUAAGCGAAGCAUGGAAGUUGCUAAUUCAGCAGAGACAUUUGAAGAGGUUUUGCAUCGAUCCCGAGGAUUUGAUAAUCCAUCGUUAAUUGAAUAUUUAACAGAAAAACUAGGAAUAAGUGAAUCAAAUCCACCGUCAUUGAUGAGAAGUCUUCAAAUGAAAAAUAUCGAUGAAGAAGAUUUUGCCCCAGCAUUGAGGAAAAAGCAGUCUGCAGCUUGGGCCCUGAAAUGUGUGAAGGCUGGGGUUGAUUAUUUUAAAGUUGGGCGCCAUGUGGAAGCAAUGAAUGAGUACAACAAGGCUUUGGAAAUAGAUCCACAGAAUGUUGAAGCUUUGGUAGCCCGUGGAGCUCUGUAUGCAACAAAAGGAAGUCUGAACAAAGCCAUAAGUGAUUUUGAAAUUGCAUUAGAAAACUGUCCUACCCACAGGAAUGCAAGAAAAUACCUUUGUCAGACACUUGUGGAAAGAGGCGGGCAGUUGGAAGAGGAAGACAAACUACUGAAUGCUGAGAGUUACUAUAAAAAAGCCCUAAGCUUGGAUGAGACUUUUCAGGAAGCAGAAGAGGCCUUAACGAAACUCCAUGAGCAUAUGCAGAAAUCUUUGGAAAUGAGGGAGAAGCAAGCUGCAAAAGAAGAGAGACAGAAAGAAAAGAGAAUAGAAACAAGUGCAGAAAAAUUGCGUAAGCUUUUAAAAGAAGAAAAAAGGUUGAAGAAGAAAAGGAAAAGAUCAACUUCCUCCUCUUCCUCCUCCUCUUCGUCCUCAAGUGACUCUUCGUCAGACGUAUCAAUUUCUUCUUCCUCCUCUUCCUCUGAUCACAAGAAACGCAAGAAAAAGCAUCGGCAUAGAUCAGAGUCUUCCCGUAGUUCCAAAAAACGCUCUUCUAGAGCUUCUUCACAUUACAAAGAUCAGGUUAGGAAAGAGGAGUGGUAUUCACCUCCGGCUGAUACCUCUGCCUCUUUCCUGAACCAAAGUUUUGAAAUGGAAAAACUGCUGGAAAGGCAGGACAGCUUAGCGUGUCCAAAACCAGAGGUAAGAGAGAAAGACAGACACUGUUCUCUGUCGAGGACUUCAGGUGAUGAUGAAGACACUUUUGGAGGUAGGUCUGAAGAUUCAAGAGAUUCUUACAGUAGUUCCAGAACUCAGGCAAGUAGUAGCAAAAGUGAAAAAUAUCAUAAAACGGACAGAUUUUUCUCCAGUAGGAGGGGAUAUUCAGGUUCCUAUUAUAAGUCAGAUGAUAAAACCAGGACGCAUUACUUUAGGAAAUCAGAAAGAGACAUAGAGGGGAGAAGAGAACAGUUUAAAAAGCAUGGCUCAGAUCAGGACAGGUAUUACAUGUCUCCAUCAGGGUCCGACUAUUCUGGCAAGUCAAUGGGGAAGUACAGAUCAUAUUCUAGCACUUACUUUCACGAAGGUGAUAAAAGUUAUGGUAGUGAUAGGCAUGCAUUAAGUCAGCAUAGAAGUGAAAGUGGGUAUAAGAGUAGGGAAGGGAGUCACGAAGAGUCUAAUAAAACAGAGGAACCCAACGAGGAAACUUUAAAUGGUGCAGAACAAACAGAAAGUGGCGUUAAAAGAAACCUGCCCCAGAACUUAGUUAACAUAUUCAAUCAAAUUGCUGAAUUUGAGAGGGGAAAAAGGAAGUAAGCAGAAGAAACAAAGUAUAUAAAAUGAUUUUCUGCUGGAUGUAGUUAAAUUAAUUAUCUGUUUUUCUCUUGAGGAAAAACAAAUGCUCUUAAAAUGCAUAUGAAAAGCGACAAGCAGAAUUUGUUUCAUCUUGCAGAAUGUCAGGCUUCUUAAGGUAAAGAUUGUGUGGUGGAAAGAUAUGCAAGGAUAUCUUACGUAAAAUAUCAGUUAUUAUUUAAAAUCAAGGUUUCCUGUGCUCUUAACUUAGGAUGUUCCUGUACAAUAUUCUUUGUGUAAUGGGGUGAAAUUGUUUGAUUCUCUUGGACUGUAGUUAGUUGUGUAACUUACAUCAAAUAUGCACUUUAAAGCAGGCAUUUUUCUUUUUUUGUUGUUUUAUUUUUUUUCCCCCCUUCUUCCCAUGGGGUACAAUUGACUGUUAACUAUUUUUGUAUCAAACUUUAGCUUCCAGGUAUUGAAGGGGAAUAAGUAAAUGACACUCAUAUUCCAUCAAUGUAUAUAGCUCAUUUCAUCAUUAAAUUUUCUUAAUUUUG